UCCAUCUAUCCGCGCAUCCUGCUCCAGAGCACCAUCAGGAUGAUCCGCCGCUGCACCGACACCGACAACCUUCACUUCACUUUCACACUCAUUUAACCCUUCACUCGGACCCCCGCCGGCCGCCGCGCUACACCCAUGCUCUGCCCUCCUCCUGAGAUGCGAUACCAUUGUACAAUUUCCCGGAGAAUAUCUUCAUCGUCCGUCGCUCCUCGCUGAUAGAGAGCAUGCCCGACCCGGGGACGGCAGCGGCAGGCGCUGCAGCCGCGGCGGCCGCCAGUGGAGCGGCCACCGCCGGCGACGGCACCGAGAGCUCCCGGCACCGACACCGAGCGCAGCAGGGAGACGCGGAGAGGCCGGAGCCGGGCGCUGCCCCGUCACAAGGCUCCUCCGGUGUACUGGAUAAGUUGUUUGGAAAGCGGCUGCUGCAGGCUGGAAGACACAUCAUGUCUCAUAAGUCUUGGAUGAAAACGGUGCCCACGGAGAACUGUGAUGUCCUCAUGACAUUUGCAGACACCACAGAUGACCACACGUUGCUAUGGCUACUGAACCACAUCCGGCUGGGAAUCCCAGAGCUCAUCAUCCAAAUACGACAUCACAAGCACACACGAGUCUACGCAUUCUUCGUCACCGCUACAUAUGAAAAUUUGUUGCGAGGUGCUGAGGAGAUGGGACUGAGGAAAGCAGUGAAGCCUGAGUUUGGCGGAGGAACACGAAACUUCUCCUGUGAAGAGGAUUACAUCUACGAGAACAUCGAGAGCGAACUGUGUUUUUUUACUUCACAGGAGAGGCAGAGCAUCAUCAAAUACUGGCUGGACAAUCUACGUGCCAAACAUGGGGAGGUGCUUCAUAAUAUCAACUUCCUGGAGGGCCAGCCAAUCAUCCCAGAGCUGAGUGCGCGAGGUGUUAUCCAGCAAGUAUUUCCUCUACACGAACAGAGGAUCCUCAGCCAGCUGAUGAAGUCUUGGGUCCAGGCUGUUUGUGAGAAACAGCCUUUAGAUGAUAUCUGUGACUACUUUGGGGUGAAGAUUGCCAUGUAUUUUGCCUGGCUGGGAUUUUACACCACUUCUAUGUUAUAUCCUGCUGUGAUCGGCUUCGUGCUGUGGAUGCUCACUGAGUCAGAUCAGACGAGCCGUGACAUCUGCUGUGUGGUGUUUGCACUGUUCAACGUGGUGUGGGCCACUCUGUUUCUGGAGCGGUGGAAGAGGAGGGGGGCUGAGCUGGCAUUCAAGUGGGGAACACUGGAUACGCCGUCCGAAUCCCUGGAGGAACCACGGCCUCAGUUCCGGGGAGUCAAGCGCUGCAGUCCCAUAACAGGAUGUGAGGAGUUCUACUAUCCUCCUUGGCGGAGGCGUGUAUUCAGAUGGCUGGUCAGCCUGCCCAUCUGUAUCCUCUGUCUCUGCUUUGUCUUCCUGGUUAUGCUCAUCUGCUUUGAGCUGCAGGAGUUUGUGAUGGGGAUCAAGGAAAUGCCUCGGCUAGCUCGCUUCAUCCCCAAAAUCAUGCUAGCUAUCACUGUGACCGCAUGUGACGAGGUGUACAGGAAAAUCGCCUGCUGGCUCAAUGACAUGGAAAACUAUAGACUCCAGAGUGCCUAUGAGAAAAAUCUCAUCAUCAAAAUGGUUCUUUUUCAGUUUGUAAAUUCUUAUCUCAGCCUUUUUUACAUUGGAUUCUACCUCAAAGACAUGGAGCGCCUGAAAGAGAUGCUGCUGGUGUUGUCUCUGUUAAGGAGUCUGCAGCGGCAGGUCCGGGUCAAUCUGCUGCCUUCCCUCUUCUUCAAGAUCCAGAUGCUUGUGGUCUCUGUUCCCUGGUUCUUCAGGGCUUUACUCAGGUCCAAAAUGCUGGCCACUCUGCUCAUCAUACGCCAGUUCCUUCAAAAUGUGAAGGAGGUUCUUCAGCCUUACCUGUAUGAGCGCCACAAGCUGGGCGAGCUCACACUGCGAGCUGUGUGGGACCUGCUGCUGUCAGUGCUGCUGAAAUACGCCCGGCUGGCGGCUGGAAAAGCUCAGGCGUCUCCCACCGACCAGGCCAUGCCAGGACCUGGACUGAGGGGCACCAGGCCUGGGCUGGGGCAGCCAGAGAGAAGGGAAAAGAAAUGUUUGAACGGAGGAUGCGGGGUGCCUGAUGAGGAGGAGGGAGGUGAGAGGGACGAGGCUGACAGCGGGAGGUUCAGUGAAGGAGAGACGGAGGAGGAGAGUCUGAUCGACUGCGGUUUGAAGCUGAGAAAAGUCAGCUUUAUAGAGAAGGUGGACAGAAGGCCAGUCUGCAGUGGGCCCCCCAUGGACAACAGUUUCCUGGAGGAGGGGAGCCCCACUAUGGUUGAAAAAGGAAUGGACCCUGCCUCUGUGUUUGAGAUGUGUGAUGACGACGACGAUAAUGGCAUUCAUGAUGUGAAGGAGUCAGGAGGGGGCGCGACAGGUGCAGCUGAGGGAAUUAAUGCUGCGGCUGGUGCCGCUGCCAGCGCUGCCCCGCUGCCUUCUGGGGCUGAGAGCAGCACAUCAGUGCGACACAGAAGAAGAGGCAGGAGCACAGAGAGACCUGAGCCGAGGACAAAAAGAGAAUCAUGGAUUGACCCCCCUGAGGAGAAGGAGAGCACCACGCUCACUCAGGCUGAGAUGGAGAGCUGCAUGCAGACUUACGCUGACACCUUCCAGGACUACCAAGAGAUGUUUGUCCAGUUUGGCUACGUGGUGCUCUUCUCCUCGGCCUUCCCUCUGGCUGCCAUGUGCGCUCUCAUCAACAACAUCAUUGAGAUCCGCAGUGAUGCCUUUAAGCUCUGCACCGGUCUGCAGAGGCCCUUUGGAAUCCGAGUGGAGAGCAUCGGCCAGUGGCAGACUGCGAUGGAAGCCAUGGGCCUGAUUGCCAUCAUAGUGAAUUGUUACCUGAUUGGUCAGUGCGGUCAGCUACAGCGUCUCUUCCCGUGGCUCAGCCCCGAGAUGGCCAUCAUCUCCAUCGUCAUCCUCGAGCACUUUGCCAUCCUCCUGAAGUACAUCAUCCAUGUAGCCAUCCCAGACAUUCCUACGUGGGUCCGAGAGGAGAUGGCUAAAUUGGAUUAUCAGCGCAGGGAGGCCUUUAAGAAGCAUGAGCGACAGGCGCAGCAGCAUUACCAGCAACUGCAGAGGAGGAAGAGGGAGGAGGAGGAGAGGCAGAGGCAGGUUGAGCACAUGGCCCGCAGGGAGAGGGAGCGGGACGACAGCAAGGGUGACUCCUCUGGGGAUCACCAUCAUGACAAAAGUCACAGCAGCAAAUCACGCCCGGGGAGCGGAGGAGGAGGAGGGGGCAGCGGGUCAGACAAACCCAAGAGGCCCAGCUCUCUGUUGGCCAACAAUAACGUGAUGAAGCUCAAACAGAUCAUCCCGCUGCAGAGUAAGUUCUCCUCGAGUGGCGCCCGCUCCCCUCAGUCGCCCACUGGAAGUGAACCGAAGCUGCCCGGGUUCCUGAGCUUCAAAUUCCUCAAGUCACCUGAGAAUAAGAAGGAAGGUGCUGCGGCUUCUGCGGCUGCCACCACAGCCACUAACGCCACAGCAGCAACAUCAUCAUCAUCUUCAUCAUCAGGUAGCAGCUCUCAGGAGCGUUCUCAGUCACCCAGCAAAGCCUUCAACCCUGGGAAACUGUUUAACUUUGGGAAAUCUGAGGGGGGGACGUGUGUGAACGGGGCUCCGCUGCCCAGACCCGGGGAAGGAUCAUCAUCACAGACGUCAGAUAGACAACCAUCCAGGUCUGACUUGAACGGCGUUCCAGACGAGAUCCCCUCGCCUGGAGGGGAAGGGUCAGAGAACGGACAUGCAACAGACUUGGACCCGGCCGGCUCUAAAGUCUAGUAGCUCCUUAGACAAACAAACUUGUCGUUGGUUACAUCUCAACUGAAGAAGUGAUGUGUUUACUGUGAGGAGAGGCCUGACCUACCUUCUGUGCUAUCGCAGGCUAUGUGUGUAGAAGUACUUGAAGCAGAGAGAGAGGAGAAGAUGAAACUGAUGAGAGGUGACUUGUUUUGGUUUGCUUUUUUGCUGAGAGACAAAGAAACAGGCUUUAUGAGAAAGACGUAAGCCCUCUUAUCAUGACCGAAUAAAAACACAAACACACGCACCCUCACACACAAACAUACAAAUCCUUCCUUGUCUGCAAUACAUAAAGAAAUGCAUGAGCUGCGUUUCUAAUAUUUUUAAGCCUUUAAAGCAGAGAGCUGUGUUUCUUGAUUUCUUCUAGUCAUAAAUUGUAAGCAUCUCGUUGGCCUCCCACUAGGACAUAACAGCCUUAUGUGGAGGGAAAAGAUUAAAAAAACAUAUACAGUGGUAUGAGAGGAUCACAGAUUGUACAUCAAAUAACUUCUGAGAGUGUUUUUAGCCGUCACAACACAAGUGAUCAUUAGAUAUUGUCUCAUUUUUAACUGUGAGGAAUUCUUGGGCCCUUCACUUUUAUAUUGAAGCGGGAAAAAUGGAAAAGCAAUAUCAAUCAGUGUUUUAAUUACUCUUAUCAAUCAUCACACAAACCCCUCCCUUAAUAAGCAUCCCUGAUGCAUCACCAGCUUUAUUUUCAAAGCGGAGGUAAUGUCUGAGCUUUGAACACUUCCUCCCAUCCUGUGACAGUAGCAGAUUUGUUCUAAAAGGAAGUAAAGAGCUUAGUAAGUCGAGCUGUCACGUACCAGUAUUUUUCCCAAGAGAGCAAAUGGAAAAGAGACAAGAAAAAGCAAAAAAAAAAAAAAGAGCAUAGGUAGUGGAAGGUGAUUUUGAGAAAAUGGAGCAUGGGAGGCUGCUGUGUGCUGUUCUCUAUCCAAGCCCGUAGAGCGCCUUGUAAACACAGAUGGUGCUCCAUUCCACACACUCUUACCAGACUUGGCAAACAAGCGUAGAGUUAAAGAAGAGACAUUUGCACUAAACCCUUACGCCCUGCAUAGAAACCUAUCUCCCUCUGCAGGAGAGAGGACAGACACCAGCCUGCCUCAUAACAUUAUGCAAAAGCUGGAUUGUUUUCAUUUCCUACUUUCACACGGUACAUGCUAUCUCCUCACCUGCCCCUGCUCUCAGCAACUAUGGGAUUUCCUAAAUAUCCAGAUGAGUUUUUUUAACAAUAGUUGCUCUUAUUUCCAUAUCUCUCCAUAUCUUUUUUAUACGCACCAUUUGCUGCAUUGCUUCACUGCAGCGCUCAUGAUGGGAAUUUCCUUUUUUUAACCAAAGCAGUAUUUUUCGGAUUAUACUGUUAACCCAAAAUGUAUGUACUGUAUGUUCAGUUUAUUAUGUACAACAACACUGUUUAGGGUAUACAUUACGCUUCUCUUGUAAGCAAGCCCAUCAUCAACCAUUACCAGGGUUUUAACUUCUGCCAGGUCUCCAGAGGGUGGCGCCAGAGUUCAUUUGCAUAGCAGAAUAUAUUGUUGUCUGAUUGACGCUUAACACCAGUGUCUGGUCAUCAGUAUAAAGCAGGGGCAGUGAAAUUAGAGUGUGAGGAUGCAGUUGAAAAGCUCUGUAAGAAAAAUGUAUUGUGGUGACAUUAGGUAAGAUGCACACUGAGAGACAGAAACAUUAACUAUGCAUUUUCACAUCAACACCUCUGGCAAGGAUUUCGGCAAUAACAGAGUUGUAGGAGACUUACCUGUAUCACUAUAAAUCCAGACUAACUCCCUCACCCGCAGCACCCAUCCUACUGCAUUAUCCCCAGCAAGACUCUAUGCAUCUCUUCUUUGUGUCCCCUCAGUUUUCAAUGUCAGCUCUCUCCUGUCUCGUAUUUAAUGUGAGGAAUCUCCCCUGACUCACAAUUAAAAUAAUAAUAAUCUCAUCCAUCUACGGCUCUGUGCUGACAGAAUCUGUCUAGUCUAGAGGUGACGAUGACAUUGAGCUUCAAACUUCUUUUUUUUUUCAUAUUUUGUCGCUCCAUUCAUGUGUCUGUAACAACUUCACACUAAGUAUAGUCCUCCUUUGAGUCACAAGUCUAAAGAAAACACAAAAACAUACUUCCGCAGACAGGCAAAAAGGUCUCACUGACAUUUAACGCAAUAAGGGAAAUAGACAGGACGUCAGUUUGUGUGGUCGCAGUAUCAUCUUACUGUCAAUCUACAGUCUGUUCUUUUUUAUAUUUGGACGUCAUUGUUCAUCAUAAAUGUAAAAUGAGAAGUGCAAGGCUGAGAGAAAUUUAAUAUCUUCAGUGUCUUUGUGUGUCACAGGCUGGUCAUUGUUAAAGAAACCCAUGAUAGAGAUCAGGAUGGUAAGCGUAGCUGAGCUCAGUCUCAUCAAAACCUUUAUUCUAGCAGCAUUUGGAUUUCAGGGAUGAGUGACACCAUGGCGCAAUAGAGUCCUCAUAUUGUCGUUUCUAAGUUUGUAUAGAAAACGAGAAGCCAGUUUCAAAGCUGAUGGCUGAAGCGAGAAGGAAGAGAUAAGGGCAACAGUUUAGGGCAUGCCUCCAUGUAUGUAGUUCCUCCUUAUUCAGGGAAAACUUACAACUUCAUUUGAUAGAAAUAGAUAACAUUAACCAACGUAUCACUUCUGUCAUCCUUGCACUCUUAGGAGCAGCAAAUUCUACAUAUUGUUAAUAUGGAGGUCUUAAAUAAGCAUCGGUUGAAAUAAACUAACAGAUCUAGGUUAUCACUGAGAGCUACAUCAUGCCAGAGACAGCAUCGGGCCAAGCACAGACGUCCCUCUCGAAAGGACAGCAGCUCAGACAGCUGAGACCGAUCAGCCGUCUGUAAUUCACAAUCAAAGCAACAAAAGCAGCAGCAGUUCAUUAAAGGAUUUGGGCUUAUCUAGACAGUCUAAUGUGAGCCCAGUAGGAAAGGACUUAAGUUAGUAAAUGAACUGUCUUUUUGUGGAUUUUAAGAGUGGAUGUGAACAGGUGAGGUUCUCACCACAGCUACAUUAAAAACCCGACCCUAACCUCAAGAGUUUAAGAUAAGACAUCUUCAUGGAGGCCUCACUUACCGAACAUCAUAUGCUCUUCCAAUGUACCACUGUACAAAAAAAAAGAUCUUUUAAAGAGAAACACUGGGAAAUGGGAUUAUUUAUUUCUUUUAAUUUAUUUUGUCAUAUUUUUGUAAGACCUGAAAAAUAGUUAAUAAAACUAUUUCAAAUGCAUUCCAUGUGUUGUGACCAACUUGUUUCUGCAAAACCAUCACUACAAUUUUUUUUCUUCACUCAUGAAUUUUGGUAUCAGUACUAGGCAUCAGAAUCUCCUUAAAGUUUGUGUGUUGGAUUUAGGGGCAUCUAUUGGCAGAAAUAGAAUCUAAUAUUCAUAACUAUGUUUUUAUUAGCUUAUUAUCACAUGAAAAUGAGAAGUGUUGUGUUUUCAUUUGCUUAGAAUGAGCCAUUUAUAUCUACAUACAGAGUGGGACCUCUUCCACUGAGUCUGCCAUGUUGUUCUACAGUAGCUCAGAAUGGCCAAACUGAACACUGACAGGGCCAUUUGCAUUUUUUUUUAAUUUUAUAUACUUUAUUAAUCCCCCUGAAGGGAAAUUAGAUUUUUUCACUCCAUUGUCAUGAACACACAGGUCCGAAAUACACACAAAUGCACAAGUGGAGACAUGUCAGAGAGAGGGGGCUGCCAUGGACAGGCGCCCUGUGCGGUUCGGGGGUUCAGUGCCUUGCUCAAGGACACCUCGGCAGUGCCCAGGAGGUGAACUGGCACCUCUCCAGCCACCAGUCCAUGCUCCAUAUUUGGUCCGGACAGGGACUUGAACUGGCGACCCUCCGGUUCCCAACCCAAGUCCCUAUGGACUGAGCUACUGCCGUCAGCCGUCACAAUUCUCCUGCAUGCUUUGCACUCAGAAGUUUCAGUUUUGCAUCCUCAGCACUAGAUGCCACUAAAUCCUACAAACUACACCUUUAACCCAAGGAUGGAUAAUCGUCUAUUAGAAGUACCACACGACAAAAACCCAGUUUCAAUCCAGUUUUAUUUCAGCAAAGCUAUAAAGAACAUAUCUGAUCUAACACACGAGAUGGGGCAAGGCUUAGGGUGUUGUAGAACAGUCUAUCUGAGCAGAAGCAUAAUGUGGUUUUACACUUCAGAAACAGACAGUAUUUACACCGUAGGUAGGAAGAUGACUGACCACACUGUCAACCCACAUUGCAGCAUCGACUGAAAAAAAAACAACAACAGGAAGGACAGGAGGCUUCGACGUGACUGCUGGGCAGUGAUUAUAUUAAAUAAAAUUUUAAAAAAAACAAGCUAUAUUCAGUGUUGUACAGUAUAUGACACCAAUACAAACUGAAUCUCAGGAACAAGGCAGGAUGGCAACUGCACUUUACUGUGCAUGCUUAUUGUGCAUUCUAUGGCUGAAAAUAUAACACCCCUUUAACCCCCCUGUGUUCAUCUAAACCAGCUCUCAGACAAAAACCAUCCAGGGCUGUCACAAAGACAGGGCAAACAAUACAGCUGUCCCAGCCCCUGAGCUGGGGGAGCUAAAGGGUCCGAACCAUGAUGACAGGUUGUAAGGCCUCUAGGCUAAUACCUUCCACAGUCACACAAGAUAACACCACAACCCCCAAAACUCCUUAAGUUGUAUUAAUGGGCCAGGAAUAUGAUACCCAGCCGCGAAAACAUCAACAUGCAAGGCAAGGUAACAUCCACUGGGCACUGGGGCUCUUUUCUUUACUGUCCCAAGGGUCAUUUUCUAUCUCAUCCAUGGGCAUGUAUUAUUUUACAAAAAAGGCAGACACAAAGAUACUCCGUUGGAUAAACUAAUUCUGGUACUGGCGAUUAUUUACACACAUCAUAAUGUAUUCUUUUUUUUCCCUUUUCCAGACAUUACAGAUUUUUCUUCACUAUCUGUGCUGUUACCUUUUUGUGCACCUGAAAAUCCAACGUUUCGAUUUACAACUCCAUAUUUAGGCUCCCUUUUCCUUCUCUUUUUCUUUUACAUCCUUUGAUGAAAGAGCAGCUAAAACUCAUCCUUAUGGGCCUCGAUUAGCCAGAAGGUGGUGCUAGAUGUAAAAAAUAUUUCUCAGAAACACCAACACGACAUUAAUCCUACGAGCACAAGUCCCAGAAUAGAAUGAAGAUAUGCAUAUUCACCAUAAACACACAUCUACGGGGGAUUCUGGAAGAGUUGCUUCUACGUUGUGCUGUUCUUCACAGUGCAGUCUUGGUUAUGUUGAUUCAAACAGUGUGGAGAAAUGUCGCAAUGCCCCCAUGUGGUUGCAGAGUGGGCAGUGAAACUGAGAGGGUGGGCACUGUGGCUGGCAGGAAGCUCAUUGCCAUACAUAAACAAUAAAAGUUAUAAUAAAGUUAAAACGGUAACAAAAACAUAUCUUUGCACAUAUCAGGACUGACUCUCCAGGUGACAGAAGAAGGCUACACAGGUCAUGUACCAGUUUAUGAGACUGUUUGUGAGGCUAGUGUCUGACUUUAUCUGUCAAGUCCCUCUCCAAUUUUUAAUCUACUGACACUUUUUCAACUUCUCAUUCACCACACACAUACAGUACAAUACACAGGGUUGCUCACCUACACAGGGAGUAGCCAGUAUAAAUAAGAAAAACCAGUACAGUGCUGCAGAGAUGACAUGUUUUUGUAAGCCAACCUGGAAGUUAGCACUGCCCUUGUUCCCUCAACAAAAAACAUUUGUUUUUUUUUCCCAUUGGAUUUUGCAUUGAUGCAAUUUUAAGCUCUGUGACGAAUAAAAGUUUAUGAUACUUAGUUUUGUCCAGCAAUCUUAACAAAUUAAUACCACUUUUAUGAUUUUUUUAAGCCUAAAUGCAAUCAUCAGAAAUAAAAAGGUAACAUAAGCCUUUAAGUGAGCUACACCACUGUUGCAUGACUUCAACAUCACCACCACCCUGGGGCUUUAAAAGCCGUGUCUGGCGUGAUGAUGUUCUGUACUCUCAUUUAGCCACUUGUUAGCAACCACCUUUGGAAGACACUUAAAAGCUACAAAAUUCACAAAUGGGGUAUUUACUGACAUAUUUCACAAUACGUGAAAAUCCCUUAAGCUUGGCAUUUAAUCAAAACCUCAUUCCAAAAA